GGUCUGAUAACGUUGAUAUAGCAAAACAUCCGGCAGGUAACACUGUAACAGUACAGAACAGCACACCGUGUCCAGUUCAGUUCAGAGAGCUUUCUGCUUCGUAUUUUUGCCGGAAGUGGAAUCAUACAUAUAUUCGCCGCUCUGCCUUUUCAAUCUGUGCCCCCUUCUGUAGCAAAGCUCCGUCUCUCUCUUUCUUCCGUCAAUGGCAUCUCUGCUAACGUCUCCAUCUACUAAGCAGUACCUGGCAUCCUCGUCUCUUUUCCAGCACUGCAAUCUAAGCCGAUGUGGCUACAAAACAACUAACCUCUCCUUCUCCUCUUCCUCUAUUUCUCUGCCUCAGCCCCAGCAAGGCGAACAAAAAUUUCCAGGGUUUGCCAAUGCUCCCACUCUUACUGCCGUCGGGAGGUCCCGCCGCCACUCAUCGUCGUUUCUGGAAGCACCGGAAGCUGUUAGGCAUCUCGUCGGAUCACUUAACCGAACUGAAGGCCUCCGUUUUGCUGUGGUCGUUGCCCGGUUCAACGAGAUUGUGACUAGGCGGCUUUUAGAGGGAGCUAUCGAGACUUUCACUAGGUAUUCCGUCAAAGAAGAAGACAUCGAUGUUGUGUGGGUUCCUGGUAGUUUCGAAGUGGGUGUUGUUGCAGAGAAGCUAGGUAAAUCAGGGAACUAUAAUGCAGUGCUGUGCAUUGGAGCUGUGAUAAGAGGUGACACCACACACUAUGAUGCUGUUGCAAAUUCCGCUGCAUCUGGAGUACUCUCAGCUGGUCUCAAUUCAGGAGUCCCAUGUAUAUUUGGUGUUCUUACAUGUGAAGACAUGGACCAGGCGCUAAACCGGGCUGGUGGGAAAGCUGGGAACAAAGGAGCGGAGGCUGCUUUAACAGCUAUUGAGAUGGCAUCCUUGUUUGAGCAUCACUUGAAGUAGGACUGCUAAUGGUAGAACACAUCACGUCAAGUUUGGUUGCAUUUGAGGGGAAACUCGCUCGGUGCAGUUGUCUGUUGCCCAACAAUGGCUACUUCAGGUUCAACUGCUGGUUUUAGUUUUCAUUCGGAUUGCUAGAAUGUCUGAAAUUUGAGAUUGGUAGGACUGCAAAAUUAGGCUGGUUCUUUUCCGUCGAUUUUAUAAAUUGUUCUCCACGAUUUGGAGCAGCAUGGAGCUUGGAGGUGUAAGGUUGGAAUAAAAACAUGGUCGCCUGAUUCAGGAACUUAAUUGAGUGUUGCAUUUUGCGUAAUUGCUGCUAACUGCUUGAUUAUUCAACUGAACUCGGUAUAAUGAUUUUCUGUAUGUCCGAUGUCGUAAUUGACAUCACAAUAUAUGUAUAUAUGAAGCUCGGUUUUCCAUUUCUUUUCAUUUAUGCGCCCGAACUCCAGAGUUGCCCUACUCUUUCCCGUGGAGGUUGGAGAAGGUGGCUAUGGGUCGUAU